AUGUCUGGGACGAGUUUUAAUACUUAUUGGGAUGUUGAAAAACAUAAAUUGGAGUAUGAGUGUGAUGAUCAUUGGGAGUUGAGGAAAAAUUUCCUUGAAGCACACAAAGAUAAAUAUCCUGAAGACCAAUUGGUGUGUUUGGCUCAAGUGUUUACUAAUGUUGAGCUUUUGGGAUGCAAGUAUCCAAAGGAAACGAUGGAUUUGGUGGCUGAAUUAUCGCAAGAUGUUGCUAAAGAGUAUCGUGAGAAGCAAAGAAGUAAAUUGCAGAGGACGUUUGUCAAAGCCUCCGACGCUGCAAGCUCCAAGGCGAAAGGACAUAAUACCACUCACACUGACACAGCAUCAACGUCCACGAGUAAGAGAUGCAAUGAAGACCCCGAAGAAGAUCCUAGUAAAAGAAUGAAAAUAACAAGCCAGCCGUUUGGUAAUUUAGUUCUGCUGGAUUAUCCAAACAGUUCGCCGCAAAUGACGCUGGAUUCUUCGGUGAAGAUGAGUGGCCAGCGGAUAGAAUGGAAGUUUCAUAUGGCGCAAAUUCUUCAAUGUCGGUGUGAGUUUUUUAUAAAUGGCAAGAAAGUAUCUGAAGGAGCUGGCAACACAAAGAAAGCAUCGAAAGCAGACGCUGCUAAGAAAGGUCUAGCUAUUCUUCAAAAGUAUUAUUAUACUAUUGAGAUAAAAGACGAUUGGAAAGUUAACCUGACUGGUAAACAGUCUGAAUUAAAGGCAGAUGACCCCAAUGAUAAUUCGCUUCAGUCGGAUGGUGUUGGAGCUAAGCUAAUGAAGCUGAUGGGUUGGGCUGGUGGUGGUCUCGGCAAGUCCGAGCAAGGCAUCACCGAACCUGUUACACUCAAACGACAAAUCUCCCGAUCAGGAUUUGGAUUGAAAUUAACUUCGGAUAAUAUGGGGCUUUUUAAGAGAAAAUGCCAACAAACACUGUCUCAAUAUAUUCGAGAGAGUGAUACACAUAAUUAUUUAGUAUUUGCUGAUUUUACAAAUGAUGAACGCUCAAUUAUGCACGACUGUGCAAGAAGAAUGGGAUUAAAAUCACAGAGUCACGGGCCUAAACAUCAGAGGACGCUCUUGAUAACGCGUAAGCUAGAACCAAGUGAUCUUGUUAAGGAAUUACUAAAAAUUGGCGGAAUUACUGAUAAAUAUAUAUUGAAAGCUCCUACUGAUGAUUAA